AUGGCGCCAGCCAAUGAAUACACAAUACCGGGUGGCGGCGGUGGUCGCCUGAAGCUGAAAGGGGUUCAAGACGGUCGGAUUGACAAGAAAAAGAAGAAAAAGAGAAGCAAAGACAAUGAACGUGCACUGGACAAAAGCAAGGAAUCUUCCGAUGCCAAAGGACGAGAGGACUCCGUCGAUGAGCGUGAGGCUCAAAGCGAGGGCAGGAGCGUUGUAGAUCCAAGUGCUGAUGCUGACCGGGCGGUGGAAGACACAAAAACUGAGGCGGAGAGAAGAUAUGAAGAGGCAAGGAGAAAGAGGUUAAAUGAGCGGCUAAAACGAGAAGGAGCGAAGACACACAAAGAGCGCGUGGAGGAGUUGAAUAAGUAUUUGAGCAAGUUGAGCGAACAUCACGACAUGCCGAGAAUCGGACCCGGAUAA